GCCCCACCCGCUCCCUCGCUGCUUCUUCCGACACAGGCGAGUGCAGACGUGCUGGGAUGCACCCUCUUUGGCUCAAGCCGUCUCGACAGGAUUGCCUGGCCAUUACGGUAGCUCGGUUAGCAUUCGCAGGCGUUCGCGGCCAUGGAUCAGACCGAGAAGGCUUUCCAGAAGCAGGACGCCGUGUUCAUCGGCGCGAAGCGCCUGCUCGGGAAGAAGGCUGGCAAGAAGGCUCUUCGCUACUGGCGCAACGUCGGCCUUGGUUUCAGCACGCCGAAGGAGGCGAAGGAGGGCAAUUUCGUCGACAAGAAGUGCCCUUUCACGGGGAACGUUAGCAUCCGCGGCAAAAUUCUGAAGGGCAUGGCGAUCUCUUGCAAGAUGAAGAGGACUGUCAUCAUCAGGCGCAAUUUCCUCCACUACAUCAAGAAGUUCAACCGUUUUGAGAAGCGCCACACCAACUUGGCCGCGCACUGCUCCCCUGCCUUCGAUGUGAAGGAGGGCGAUAUCUUGACCGUGGGCCAGUGUCGGCCUUUGUGCAAGACGGUGCGCUUCAACGUGCUCAAGGUGGAGAAGAAUCAGAUCUUCGGAACUGCCCGCAAGCAGUUCCGGCUCUUCUGAGCGGUGCGUCGGCGAUCGCAGUGGCCUAAGGUGAGGUGAAGUUUGACGAUCGUAGUUAGUCACGGUGUGCGCCCGCUCGAAGUAGGGGCUCGCAGGCCGCCUGGGUCGUUCGUCCCCGCCGGAGCGAGCAAAGGGCCAGCAUUGGUCCAGGCCAACGGUGCCGCACCGUCGCAAGAGUGGGACUUUUACUUUUCUGGGUUCAAACGCCUGGCAUCUUUCGCGCAAUCGAUGUAGCAUCAUGUUGUUCCGUGGAAGCUGUCCGAGCCUCAGUUCCAG